CUAGCCCUGGGCUGUGUAAAUCCAUUCCUCCCAGUUAUAGCAAGAAAUAAAUUUGGCCUUUCUGCCACUUCCGUCGCUGCUAUUUUGACUGCUCAACAACUAAUAACCGUUGUAUCGAAGCCAAUCAUUGGUUACCUUGCUGAUUAUUUCAACAGGUUAAAAUUAAUGAUUAUUACACUUCUAACGAUACACACUAUUUCUAUUUUUCUCGUUCUUCUAAUUCCUCCUAUGAAAAAGCCUUCGUCAGAACUAUCGUCGACUAAUCUAAUUAAAAAUUGGGAUGAACAAUAUGAUUUAAAAAUCCUAGCAAUUAAGCAUUGCCCGAAUGAUAAAGACAACGCAAUUGGAACUGUUUCUUCAAUGUUAGAAAGUGCGUUAUUCAACAUUCGAAAUAGUAGUUGCUUGGACAUAGUAUGCUUAAAGUUCACCAAAGACAGUGAAAUUUUCUGUUUUGAAAAAGAUACAACAAACAAAGAAUUGAAUAAACUUGUUGAAACAGUAUUAAAUAGUACUUGCUCAGUCCUUUCUACAAAGAACUUUACUACUGAUGAUAAUGAAUCUUAUAACCGGAAGUACUAUUAUCGUUUAUCAUCUGUAAAACCUUCCUUCCAUGAUUUAGAUGCUUAUAAUAGAUUCCCGUGUAUAAUUGUUCUCUCGAAAAAGGAUCAUAACUCUCCUGAGAUUCCUGUCAAAAUAAGUGUCAGUGAUUUCGAAACACUUCAAUUCUGGAUGUUCGCUGCAACAACUUCGGUGGCUAUGAUAUGUUUAAGUUCCAUUUUCACACUUGGUGACAUGGCAUGCUAUGAAAGCGCAGAAAAAUUGGGUCGAGAUUUCGGAAGACAAAGAUUGUUCGGAGGAAUUGGAUGGGGUUUGUUGGCAACAAUUGGUGGGCUAAUAUGUGACUUAACAAACGGCUAUCUUGCUACUUGGAUUCUUAUGGUCGUCCUACAAAUAACCACCAUAUGGAAUGUUUCGAAAUUAGAUCUUAUAAAACCUCAUUUCUCACUAAACAUUUUGAAAGAUAUUGGCAGAAUUCUAAAUUCCAUAGAAUUUCUCGCUUUUGAAUUAGGUGUUUUCUUCAAUGGAAUAGGUGCUGGUGUAGUGUGGUUUUACUUGAUAUGGUUUCUAGCGAGUCUACAAGCAAGCAAAUUACUGUGCGGUUUAGCUUUGUAUGUGGAAUGCUUUAUUGGUGAAAUUCCUUUAAUGUUUGUAUCUGGCUGGAUUUUACAAAAAUUAGGACAUUUUAAUCUUAUUUCAAUUUCACUAUUAUCAUACGCUGUACGAUUCAUGUGGUACAGUUAUCUUCAAAAUCCAUGGCUUGUUCUUCCAAUCGAGAUCUUACAUGGCUUCAACUACGGGACGUUUUUCCCGGCAGUAACAUCUUAUGGAAAACUGAGUGCUAAACCUGGGACAGAAGCAACAACUCUAUCAAUUCUUUUUGCUACACAUGAUGGCUUAGGUAAGUACUGACUUUAAAAAUACAGGUAAGUACUGACUUUAAAAAUACAAACUUAUUUCUAUUUUUAUACUUGUUUUCUAAGGGAAAAGUAAUAUAUUGAAUGAAAUGUGCUAAAUGUAAGCAGUGCCCAUUAAAGUUCAUAUCCACCAGCUUUAACUUAGAAGCGGCUGCAGCUGUAAUUAUUAAAAUAACUCCUAUGCCUGGUAAAGAAGUGACUGUGCGCUAUAAGAUGAGACCAUUUUCAGCACUAUCUG